AUUCAUAAUAAUUCAAAAUAUCAUUAGGACUGAAGAAAAAUGAAUUGCUCAACAUUCUCCUUUUGGUUUGUUUGCAAAAUAAUAUUUUUCUUUCUCUCAUUCAAUAUCCAAAUUUCAAUAGCUAAUCCUCAAGAAAACUUCCUUAAAUGCUUCUCGGAAUAUAUUCCUAACAAUCCGAGAAAUCCAAAAUUCAUAUACACUCAACACGACCAAUUGUAUAUGUCUGUCCUGAAUUCGACAAUACAAAAUCUUAGAUUCACCUCUGAUACAACCCCAAAACCACUCGUUAUUGUCACUCCUUCAAAUGUCUCCCAUAUCCAGGCCAGUAUUCUCUGCUCCAAGAAAGUUGGUUUGCAGAUUCGAACUCGAAGCGGUGGCCAUGAUGCUGAGGGUUUGUCCUACAUAUCUCAAGUCCCAUUUGCUAUAGUAGACUUGAGAAACAUCCAUACGGUCAAAGUAGAUAUUCAUAGCCAAACUGCGUGGGUUGAAGCCGGAGCUACCCUUGGAGAAGUUUAUUAUUGGAUCAAUGAGAUGAAUGAGAAUUUUAGUUUUCCUGGUGGGUAUUGCCCUACUGUUGGCGUAGGUGGACACUUUAGUGGAGGAGGCUAUGGAGCAUUGAUGCGAAAUUAUGGCCUUGCGGCUGAUAAUAUCAUUGAUGCACACUUAGUCAAUGUUGAUGGAAAAGUUCUAGAUCGAAAAUCCAUGGGAGAAGAUCUAUUUUGGGCUAUACGUGGUGGAGGAGGAGAAAACUUUGGAAUCAUUGCAGCAUGGAAAAUCAAACUUGUUGUUGUCCCAUCAAAGGCUACUAUAUUCAGUGUUAAAAAGAACAUGGAGAUACAUGGGCUUGUCAAGUUAUUUAACAAAUGGCAAAAUAUUGCUUACAAGUAUGACAAAGAUUUAAUGCUCACGACUCACUUCAGAACUAGGAAUAUUACAGAUAAUCAUGGGAAGAAUAAGACUACAGUACAUGGUUACUUCUCUUCCAUUUUUCUUGGUGGAGUGGAUAGUCUAGUUGACUUGAUGAACAAGAGCUUUCCUGAGUUGGGUAUUAAAAAAACUGAUUGCAAAGAAUUGAGCUGGAUUGAUACAACCAUCUUCUACAGUGGUGUUGUAAAUUACAACACUGCUAAUUUUAAAAAGGAAAUUUUGCUUGAUAGAUCAGCUGGGAAGAAGACGGCUUUCUCAAUUAAGUUAGAUUAGCUUAAAUUUCCAAUU